AUGGCAGUGUUGGAGAGUAAGAAAGUGAAAGAACUUGCCAAUUUAUAUAAAUUGCUAUUAGAAUUGGUGAGAGAUUUAAUACCUAUACAGAUGAAACUUGGUAUAGAUAUCAAUCCCAUUUUAGAAGCAGAACUUAGAAGGAAUAAAGCCUCUUCAAAUAAAUCAAUUAGAUUAUUUGAUUUGCUUUUAUGCUUAGAAAAUAAUAUAGUGACAAUUCAGGAAAAACUUGAAGAUAUUCCAAGUGUGUUAAUACAGAAAUUUAUCGAUAGUGGGGUAAAGAAAUUUUGGUUUACUGAUGAGGGACUACUAUUAUUUUUGAAUGUCUCUCUUCAACAAUUGCAUGAGAUUUUUGUCAAAAAAUUAGCUAGUGACAAUCAGUACUUAUGUCUAGAAUCAAAACCAGAAUAA